ACCAGCCCCGGCAGCUCAUUAGAACGUGAUCCCUCCCUCUCUGGCUGGGUCUCACCUCCCUCCCUCCUUCAAGUUGAUGGGAAACUCUCCCACAAAACUAGUAUUUAUUUGCCAAGCUACAACCAAGGAGGCUUUUGCCGGUCUGCCGCUGGCGGGAAAGGAACAGAGAGCAGACGGAAAGCGGUCGAGAGCAAAAAAAGAGAGAGGCCCAAUUAGAGAGAGAACGAGGAUUUGGACCCUGGUGUUUGGAGUUAACGGGAUCAAGGUUGGGAAGUUUGUUUUCUUCCCUAUGGAGCGGAUUGCCAAAUCAUUCAACUACAAAUUUCUGCGCCCAGAAAAAGUGAGAUAGCUGACUUUGGGCACUUUGGAUGCCUUUGAGAGCUUCUCAGUUCAAUCGGUUUCAGCAUCUGCAAACAGGAUGGUUUCCCACUGGUAAGGAUCAGACUUUUUUUUCUUGCUGAGUUCAAGGUGGACAGAGAGCAAAGGCUGAGUGGAUGUUUUCCGUGUCAGGAGGCGAACUUCCCCAGCAAGCGGCAAAGAUCAAAAAAUCGUGAGGGUGCUCACCGCCCCCACGCUCAAUCUGCUUUCAGUUCCUUGUGCGCAUGGUUUUAUUUUGCUAUUUCUUCCUUUCACCUGCUGCUGACUUGAAUCUAGAGGUCUGAAGACGUUUGGGUGAGGAAGGAGACUUAAAUGUGAAAUACUGGACAGGUGUCCGCUGAACUCCACCAGUCAGUCAUAUUCUGGGUUUCUCCCAAGCUGAUGUUAUCAAGGAGUAACUUCAAACCGUGAGUCGUUUUGGCUGUGCAAAACCAUCUGUUCCAAAGGGGCAUCGAAUUUGCUCACCGUGAUCAUUCUCUGCCCACGAACGGACUGAGUUGGCAAGGCCAGGACUAAACUGCAUUGCACGUUUGGUUUUUUAAGAGGCGAAAGGAAGCAAACCACGUUUCUCUCCGAAGACUCACAGGCAUUUUGAUUUUCCUCUCUGGAGAGUGUUCUCUCUCUCUCUCUCUCUCUUUGAAAGAUGUCCGGCAAAGCCAAGAUAAAAUGUUGGACUUGGAUAGUUUUGGCAGCCUUGGUGUGCCAAGAGUUUUCCCACAUCCGAGUCGCGGUGGCCAAGAAAGAGAGAAAGAAGCCGAAAGAGCCUAAUCAGUACACAGAGCCUUUCAACGGGACUCUUUCCAACAGCGAAGAACUCAACACGCACUCCAAGAUGCUAGAGUCCCCAGACCCUCGCAUCACUGACCCGCGUCGGACGUGGAUUUCAUUUGUACAUCGUCCUGAUGACGGCAGCAACUCCAAAAAGAAAUGCAAAGGCAGAGAUAAGAAAUUACGUGGGCUUGUUGGACCUCCAGGACCCCCAGGCCCUCCAGGACCCCCGGGGGCUCCAGGGGCAGAAGUCACCCAGGAAGUCUUGCUGCAGGAGUUCAAGAAGAUGUUAAAAGAAGCCACUGAGCGGCGGGCCCCUCCGGCUUUGCCAACCCCCCUGAGCGAGGCGCCCCCUUUGCUGCUUUCCCUGGAGGAGGCCUCCCCCUACCGGCGAGUGGAGGAGGCUUUUCACUGCAAACUCAAGGGCCAGAUCGUUGUGGACAAGAAGACUUUGAUGGAACUCCAGAACUUCCAGAUGCCUUCGGCCAAAGGAGCCUUCCUCCGGGGAUCUGGUUUGAACUUAACCACCGGGAGAUUUACAGCAUCUAUAUCUGGCAUUUAUCAGUUUUCGGCUAAUGUCCACAUUGACCACAGUGAGCUGAAAAGUAAACUACAGCUUCGAGCAAGAGACAACGUCCGGGUGCUGAUCUGCAUUGAAUCCCUCUGUCAUCGCAACACGUCUUUGGAAGUUAUUGCUGGUCUGGAAAGCAACAGCAAGAUCUUCACCGUUUAUGUCCACGGAUUGCUGCAGCUGCAGCCUGGACAAUACACUUCCAUCUUUGUUGACAACAGCGCUGGUGCCCCUGUCACCAUUCAGAACGGAUCCGAUUUCAUGGGGAUGCUGGUGGGAGUCUAAUCCCGGACGAUCCUCGACGCAGGGGGGCAGGGGGAUGAAGAUGCAGCUGAGGACCUGCCUGUCCGUUCUUUGCCACCUCUGUCCCAGGGAAUCACCUUCUCUUUGCCGUUAGGCUUCUCCAGCUGAGUGACGCAAACAAUACUUUCCCUUCUCCCCACGGCAUAGCAAUAAUUCAAGACAAAAAUCACGGGAGGAGAACAGUUCUUGCCACUGAACCUAAAAGACCAGAUCUAUUUCAUUCCCAGUACAAUAUAUUCACAGGACACCUUCACUUCCUCGACCUCGGCUCUGAGAUCCAAAACUUUGCUUUUGCUUCGGGAUACAGCGUUUUGUUUUUGAAAAGACCAACCUUCCAAGGACAUCUAACUCUCAUCUGAACUGGGGGGGGGGGCGGGCUUGGUGAACUGUGGGUAAGUGGGUCUCUGAAGGCAUAAGAAAAACAAAGGUGGCUCCAAAGCAGAGCACCUGCUUUGCGUGUAGAAGGUCCUUGUUGCAGCCCCCAGCAUGAUUUGAGAAACAGCAGACUCCCUUCUGAAAGGAUUCCUGUUUUCUGAUUCCACCCUACCUAAUUGGUUUCCUUUAAAAAAAAAAAAAGGCCUAAAAAGUUUCUUGCAAUUUAAUGCCGAACCGUUUUUUAAUCAGCCUUCCCGUUGCAGAUGCAAAAGCAUGUCCCACAAAAAAUUGAUGGAGAGCAACUAAGUCCCUUGGACCAGUUACUCUCUCUGGACAUCAAUUGGUGGGUUUUUUUUGUAAAAAAUCUGUUCCUGGCAGGGAACCUAUGCAGGCCCCUCCUGUGAACCACUUAGACCUUCCCAAAGGAAGCAAAGGAUCCAGCUAUAUGGUUGUAGCCUAUGAUGUCCCACUCAGAACAGACCCAUUGAAAUGAAUGGACUGAAGCAUCCCGUUACUGUCAAUGAGUCUACUCUGAGUCCAACUAGCAUUGGACACAACCCAAAACGAAUGGAAUAGCUGCAAAGUUAUUCUAACAGGUGGGUUGUGAGUCGCAGGAAAAGCUGAUGAAGGAGUCCCCACUUUCAGAAUGGGGUUUCAUCCAUUCAUCCUUCAAAUUCUCCAUCUUCACCACAUCCCUGAAUUUUGUUGACAUUCCAGCCCUGCUUUCAAGUGAUCGUUGUUGGCUUGUGUGUUUGUGUGUAUGUGUGUUUGUGUGCUGGCUCUGGCUGAGUUGAAAAACAGUUUAAUAAUUAUUAUAAUUGAGAAGAGAA